AACUAGGAUAUCGACGCGUGAGAGACAAGAAGCUCACAAAACCAGAAUGGGUCACCUCAACAAGGCGGGAGCCAUUCCCAUGAUGCAUCUCCAGGAGUUUCGUCUUGUCUCUGUUGAGGGCUUGGAGCCCAAUCAGAGACUCAUCGUUAAUGAAAUUUUUAAUGAAGGUGAUCUUGUUGAUAUCUCCGGAAAAUCUAUCGGCAAGGGCUUCCAAGGUGGGAUCAAAAGGCAUAAUUUCCGGCGAGGUCCGAUGACUCACUGUUCAAAGAGUCACAGAGCUUUGGGUUCCAGUGGAGCUGGAACAACGCCUGGACAUGUUUAUAAAGGGAAGAAGAUGCCUGGAAGGAUGGGAGGAACGAAGACGAAGAUCAGGAAGCUUAAGAUUAUGAAGAUUGAUAAUGAACUCAGGUUUGUGAUUGUCAAGGGUGCGGUUCCUGGGAAGCCUGGGAAUCUUCUGCGGAUUACGCCGGCCAAGAUUGUGGGGAAGAACAUACCCAAGAAUUAGCAACUCCAAUGUGUUUCAUGUUGUGUUCUGUUUUUUA